GAAAUCACCGACGAAGUACGCGAAACGAUCACCCACCACAACCGAACAUUUCAGCGCCUCGCUGUGGAGCGCAGGAUUUAUUUUGUACCGGUCGACGAGGUCUGCAACCGCAAAAAAAAGAACUCCCUUUUUUCGAUUCCAGUCCACAAACUGAUGUCGACGCACCUAUCGUAGGAUGAAACCCUUCGCUUGCGCAUUCAGCAUGAUGUCUUGUCCAGGACAUUUGAUGGAAGGUCUAUCUUUCCGCCCAUGGGAUCGCUAAGACGAGUACUCGACUGCGGUUUUGGGACGGGACUGUGGGCUUUUCAAGUGGCUUGGGAAAAUCCCAGAUGUGAGGUCAUCGGCAUCGACGUGAGCCCCCAUCACUAUAACCCAGAGGAUAGUGUUGAAAACCUAUAUUUGAAUGUCGACAACCUUAAUAUGCCGCUCCAAUUCCACUCCAACCACUUCGACCUCGUGAACAGCCGACUAGUCGCAGGAGGUAUCGAACGUAAUCGAUGGCACGGAUAUAUGCGCGACAUUUUACGUUGCCUGCGAGGCGGCGGGUGGUGCCAAAUGGUUGAAAUGGACUUCAAUGCGCAGUCCGACAACGGCACAUUGACAGAUAGUCACGCGCUUCGCCAGUGGUCAGAUAAAUAUCUUCGAGCAAUGUCUCAGACCAAAAAUCCCGAAGCGCCGCGGCGACUCGGGCAUUGGAUGAGGCAUGCUGGGUUUACCGAUGUUGAAGAGCGAAUGAUACCUCUUCCGAUGUGCGGCUGGUCCGAUAAUCAAAGGGAGUUUGACAUCGGCGUCGCCAACCAAGAGAACGUACGACUGCUUCUCGGGUCCUUAGCUCUGUAUCCGUUCACAGAAUUACUUGGCAUGACGAUUACAGAGUUCCACGUUUUAGUAGCGCAGGCAAGAGCAGAGGCUAGUAAUCCUGCGCUCAAGCCAUAUUUCCGAAUUUACGUUUGCGUCGGUAGAAAACCGAGGCGUUGAAGCUAUCGGGUAGCUAUUUGAACGGCUAUUACGGGAGGGGAACCUUGCCGCAUUGGGGGACAAGGCAUGACGGGUGAGGGUAGAGGCAGAUCAUGUUGAUCGGGUCAAGAUCGUGUCGCUCGGCUGUUCGUCUAA